AAAGCCUCGAACCGAGGAGCUUUCCGGACGGGGGCGGUUCCUGCUCAAUCUUCCCCUUCGUUUAUUGCUCUUCUCCGGUCCUUCUCCGCAACCCCUGGCCCUGUCAAGCAGACGCAGGGUGACACCAGGCAGCAGCCCACCUCCACGCGAACACGCCGCACCACACCAUCACCGGCACCGCAGCACGGCAGCCAGUCACCAGGACUCCAGGAGUGAUCUUUGAUCCCCACCAGGCCGCCACGCUACUGUCGGUAAGGCCAGGGACCCUGCUGCAUCUGCCGGCUGCUCCUCUCCCCGCCCCCGGUUCCAUGAGAGGUCGGCGGUUUCGAUAACACACACCAACUGCUCCCUCCACUCCUUCCCCCUGCCUUCAGCCCUUCCCGCACCACUCCCAACUCGUAAACGCUGUGCGCCAACGCCGUCGCCCUUCCGGAUCCGUCGUCCUUCCGCCGGCGCCGUGAUGGACCCAAGCGAUUCCAACUCCGCCGCAGGAGGAAAGACACAAAAUGUUUCAGUACCGCCUGUUGAAGGUGUAGCUGGAGGAGGAACUAGCUAUGGAUGGGUGGAUGGAGGUUUGCGGGGUACAAAUAUUGGUGCUGGUGUGAUUGAUCCUACAAAAGUACACUCAGAUGAUCUUUUGCACGUCUGGUCUAUGCCCAGCACAGCAAAUGUUAGCCAGCAAGAAGCGCCUCGGCCUCUAGAGAAAGUCAACCUUUUGGCAGCAAGAAAUGAAAGGGAAAGUUUUCAAAUUGCUUUACGCCCAAAGGUUUCAUGGGCAACUUCAGGUAUUGCAGGGUCUGUGCAGAUACAAUGCACCGAUCUCUGCUCCUCCUCAGGAGACAGGUGUACCAGAUGCACUUGUUCCUAUUGAUCCACUCAGUCCUCAAAUAAGUAUUCAACCAGGGGAGACAGCUGCAGUUUGGGUAUCAGUAAAUGUUCCAUGUGGGCAACCGCCUGGUUUAUAUGAGGGUGAAAUAUUCAUUACUGCAGUUAAGACAGAAUUAGAUUCCAGAACAGAAUCUCUACCAAAAUCUGAAAAGUGUAGGCUAUACAGAGAAUUAAGAAGUUGUCUUGACCUCACUGGACCCAGAGACUACUCGUCACCAGAGGAAAUGGUACAAAGACUAACAUCAGCUUCUACUGUACUAAGGAGGGUGUUGGAUAAUCCAGCACUCCAGGACUGUCAAGAGAAUAAUGGAUUUGGAGACAUGAUGGAUGAAGAUGUUAUAAACAAUAUUUCAGUUCGCUUGAAGUUAAGCCUUACUGUUUGGGACUUCACUCUCCCAGUGACACCUUCUUUACCUGCUGUUUUUGGUAUAUCUGAAACUGUCAUUGAAGAUCGAUUCUGUUUGGAGCAUGGCACUGAAGGAUGGUAUAGUGCACUGGAUCAUCACUUUAGGUGGCUCCUCCAAUAUAGGAUUAGUCCAUUUUUCUGCAGAUGGGGUGAUAGCAUGCGCAUUCUAGCAUACACAUGCCCUUGGCCUGCCGAUCAUCCGAAGGCUAAUGAAUAUUACUCUGACCCAAGAUUAGCAGCAUAUGCUGUACCCUAUGCACCUAUCCUAUCGUGUACGGAUGCUGCAAAAAAUUCCCUGAGGAGAGAGGUUGAAAUCUUAAAAUCGAAGCCUCAUUGGUCCAAAGCUUACUUCUAUUUGUGGGAUGAGCCAUUAAAUGUGGAACAGUAUGACAUGAUAUGCAACAUCUCUAAUGAGCUACGGUCAUAUGCACCUGAUGUGCGAAUUUUGACAACUUACUAUUGUGGUCCAAGUGGCUCUGAACUGGCUCCCUCUACAUUUGAAGCUUUUGCAAAAGUUCCAAAUGUUCUGCGUCCGCACACGCAAAUCUUUUGCACAAGUGAAUGGGUUCUUGGCACAAGAGAAGACCUAGUGAAGGAUAUUGUUGCUGAAUUACGGCCUGAUCUUGGUGAGGAGUGGUGGACAUAUGUUUGUAUGGGUCCUUCUGAUCCUCAACCAAACUGGCACCUUGGGAUGCGUGGAACCCAGCACCGGGCAGUGAUGUGGCGAGUGUGGAAGGAAGGUGGGACAGGAUUUCUUUAUUGGGGUUCCAACUGCUAUGAGAAGGCUAUGAUCCCAAGUGCUGAGAUCUGUUUCCGACGCGGCCUUCCUCCUGGCGACGGUGUCCUGUUUUACCCUGGUGAAGUGUUUUCUUCGUCACAUGAACCAGUUGCUUCCACCCGGCUAGAGCGCAUUCUCAGUGGCAUGCAGGACAUCGAAUACCUGAAGCUUUAUUCUUCACGGUAUGGGAGGGAGGAAGGCCUGGCCCUUAUAGAGAAGACUGGCAUGUACCUUGGACCGGAUCGAUAUACGCUGGAUCAUGGACCGGUAGAUGUGAUGAGGGGUGAGGUGUACCGCACCUGCAGGUCUUAGUGUAGCAAUGCCUGCCAGAUGCUGUCCUUCCAGUCUAGGGCGUCUGUUGUAUUAUAUAUGGUGGUAUGUGAUCUAUGUAGCGAAUUAAUCUACCCUUGGUGAUCGAUCAGAUCAUCAAACCUGGACUAAACUAGUCCUGGUGCAUCUUUUGAAUCUGGCUCGAGAGUUGCAUCAAGUCGGGAGAAAAAAAACCCAAGAGAUCUGGCCAAGAGAUGGAGCGACCCAGGUCCGGCUCUGGUACAAGGCCCAGUUAGCUACCGGAAGUGGGCCCUAUCUGCUGCAACAGGAUUGAGACGAGAUUGGCAUUGUCCUCUCGAUUCCAUGACGCUGUGCCCGCAUACAGCUGAAGCUGAAAUAUUCUCCUA